GUGAUCUGCUGCCUCUAUAGUCCUGCAUGCAACUGUAACAUCCCCUCAUCUUUAUUUAUUGUUUUUAAAUUGCACUUUGGCCACUGUUGGGGAUUGAGGGAGUGGGGACAAAGUUCACAGGGCGCAUGUAAGGAGGAGGGGGUGAAGAGGAGGAAGGUUAAAAAAAAGAAAAUUGACCUUUGAAAGCAAAACAGCAGGUGGAGAGCUAAAACCAGGCAGCUCAGGACACACCGGGAGAAAAUUCAACCCAGGGAAAAUGAAAGUUUACGUUCUUUUAAACUGAAGGAGUACAAAUACAAUGAGAGCUAAUGCUGCCUGUCUCAUCUGAGUGUGGCCGUGCACAUGAGAGUUUGUUUGCGGUAGCGAGGUAAGGCAUCAGAGUCAUGGAGGAGAGGUUAGAGGAGAGGGCCGUGGCGGCCAAGUGGAAGUCGAGUCGUUUGACUGCCCUUCAGGAGCAGCUGAUCUGGGCCCUGCUGGGGUCUGGACUGUCCCGGGACGUCCUGAUCCAAGCCAUAGGGGAGCUGGAGCGAGACAGGGCGAGUGCUGGCGCCGAGAGGGGAGAGAGGGGGGAUGGCGAGAGCUCAGAGGAAGGAGAGAUGGAUUUCCCACCGCCUAUAUUCCGAGAGCUGGAGAAGCUUCCCCCGGAGGAAUUGGCCAAACUGAGGGCUGAAGUUGACCGGCUACUGCAGGAGGACCCCUGGCAUGUUGCCAAAAUGAUAAAAAGCUACAUGCAACAACACAACCUCCCUCAAAGAGAGGUGGUGGAGUCCACAGGACUCAACCAGUCCCAUCUCUCCCAGCACCUCAACAAAGGCACACCCAUGAAGAACCAGAAGAGGGCCUCUCUGUACACCUGGUACGUCAAGAAGCAAUGCGAGAUCAGCCAGCAAUUUACCAACGCCAAACAUGGCCUUGCAUCAGCGGAGGAGCCAGGAGAGGAGACCAGGAAAGGGCGGAGGAACCGGUUCAAGUGGGGCCCAGCGUCCUUGCAGAUCCUCUUUCACGCCUACGAGCGACAGAAGAACCCCAGCAAGGAGGAGAGAGAGGGCUUAGUGGAGGACUGUAACAGUUUAGGUAGUCUUGACUACAACGCCAAAGGUGCCACACCCUGCUCUUCCUCCCUCAGGGCAGAGUGCCAUCAGAGGGGCGUGUCUCCAUCCCAGCUCGCUGGCCUGGGCUCCAACCUGGUUACUGAGGUCCGCGUUUACAACUGGUUCGCCAAUCGCCGCAAAGAGGAGGCCUUCCGUCACAAACUGGCUCUGGAUACACCUUUUACCAGCCAAUCAACCUCCUCUUCUCACCCCAACCUCCCACCCAGUCCUGAGCAAGGUGUGAAGUACAGCCAGCAAAUCCUGUGUGACACCGUGAGCUCAGCCCGCGGAAGCGGAGGGGAGAGAGUGGGGCGUCUGGUGGUCAGCCCUAUCCAACUGGAGCCCAGCCACACACUCCUCGAGACACAUAACCCCAAGCUGGUGUCCAGCGGUGGCCCACUGCCCCCAGUAAGCACUCUGACCUCCCUGCACAGCCUGUCUGCCUCCCCCGCUUCCUCACAGGGCCUCAUCAUGGCCUCACUGCCCAGCGUCAUGAGCCUGGGGGAGUCCUCACUUCUCAUUGGUUUAGCCUCCACGCAGCCUCAAACCGUGCCGGUCAUCAACAAUGUGGGCGGCGGUUUCACCACUCUCCAGCCAAUCUCCUUUCCGCAGCAGCUCCAGGCAUCUCCCCAGCAACCAAUAUCCCACCAGCUCCAGAGUCACAUGGGAGCCAGUCCCUUCAUGGCGACCAUGGCGCAGCUGCCAUGUCACAUGUACAACAAGUCGGACUCGCCUCAGUACCAUUCGUCCAGUCUGCUGUCUCAAGCCAUGGUCAUCACUGACAGCAGCAGCCUGGGGACGCUCACCAGCCUCACCGCUGUCAGACAGAUUCUAACAGCAGAUCCUGAGGAACAGACAGAGCCACCUUUACAAGAAGAAUCUCUACACCUGCAGCCGCACACACCUGUACCAGUUUCCUCCGAGAGCCUCGAGCUGUAUCCUGCGUCUCAGACGACAGAAAGCCAUCAGUCUCACCUCCUCUCACCUUCACCAACAGACAUCAGCUCCUACAUCCCUACACAAAUGGUCUCUACCGCGCAGUAGAAGUGCUCUCUCCUCACUAUCAGCAGGACUCAGGAGCAUGCCGGUGUUUUGGAUGGACAGCUACCUCUGGUGGAAAUUUCCAGGAAAACCUUAAUUCAGGGGCACGGGGACGAUUCAGCUCUGACGUUUCAAAGACUCUCUGAAACUCUGUACCGCUGUAAUACGAACAAGGAUCGACGUUAGCGAAGAUUCACUUUUGAUGCGACAAUCACAUGAAAAAUCAACACUAAAAUGUAUUUUUAUUAACAUGUUAUAGUAACAUUUGGGAAUUGUACAUUAAGCUGAAACUGCAUGUUACCUGGAUUUUUUUUUUUAUGUCAUUGCCUUGAACUGCUUUUUCACACUCUUAAUGAGUAUCUUUCAUAACAAGUAAAGGCUAUUUCAACAAUAACCGUGAGCCUCAUCUUCUGAAACACAUGGAUUUCCAUUAUGUGCUCAAAAUGUUUUGGAAAAUAUUUUUAAAGGCUGGGCCGACUGGAAAACAAACAAGCUUCCAAAAACCGUGGGCAUACGAAAUUCAGUUCAAAGCUGCUUCCUCUGUGUGUAAUUCUCGCUUCUUUUUUUUUUUCCGUUUUACUUUGACUUGUGUGUGUU